GAGCAGUUACAGGAGCACUGCUAUGGUUCCUAUGGAAACCUCCUCCUCGGAUGACAGCUGUGACAGUUUUGGAUCAGAUGGUUUUGGGAACUCGAAUAUGGACUCCGACACUGAGACCUGUUCACCUCCCAGAAAAACUCGCAGAUCAUUCACGCUCAGGGUAGCCAUGAAGUUCCCGAACAAACGAGCCAGUCCUUCAAAGCCUGCAGCACACGACCUCAAGCCUAAACCUGAGGCUAAACCGGAACCAAAGGAUCCACAGUCCGACUCUGAGAGUGAAAACUUUAUGCUGAAGAGAGCACUGAUUACACAUAUUAAAGAGAACAAAGCUAUGCUUGCUAAACUAAUAGCUGAACUGGAUAAAGUUCCUGGACUCAUUUCGAGGAGGGCUUAUUUGUCUCUGGUCAGCAUGCCUCGAAGUGCUCCACGCCGCUCAAUGGAAACCAAUGCAACUCGCAGAAGAAACCCAGAACGGACGUCUCACCCUCAUACACGUUCACGCUCUCUGGUGGAUGGGCCACCAUCCACCACUCCUGAGGAGGACCUUGAUGACAAGUUCAGCUUGGUCCGCAGACACAGAAAUGAUGAUUGUGACGAAGAGGAGAGAGAGCCACGUCGGCGCAGCUACAACAGUCUGACGAUUCCUCAUGUGGUGCGGCCUGUGGAGGAGAUCAUUAAAGCGGAGCUGGAAAACAUCUGUGUUAACGUCAGAGAGAAGGUUUACAACCGUGCCACCGGUUCCACUUGCCAUCAGUGUCGUCAGAAGACUAUUGACACCAAGACUAACUGCUGUAACCCUGAAUGUGUGGGUGUACGAGGACAGUUCUGCGGGCCUUGUCUCCGAAACCGCUAUGGAGAAGAGGUCCAUGAUGCCCUCCUGAACCCGGAAUGGCUUUCCCCAUGCAGGGGUAUCUGUAACUGCAGCUUCUGCCGUGCCAGAGAGGGGCGCAGUGCCACCGGUGUGCUUGUGUAUCGCAAGUACCACAGCUAUGACAAUGUCCACUCUUAUUUGAAAAGUUUAAAGAAGGAACUGGAGGAAAGUGAAUAAAGUGGGUGACCAGUUUUUCAUUUGAGUAUAUAUUUGAGGGUUGUCUACAUAUCUCUUUAAAUUUGCAUUGUUUUAAAUGUAUAAGCAGAUUGUUUUUAAAAGGAAGUGUUUGUUUUUAUCUCUGCACUGUAUUGGUUACUUUUAAAAUUGGUGGCUGCAGUACUUGUUCCUUACCGGUUUUACG